AUGAUUGACAAGCAAUGCAGUAAGCAUUUUCCCAAGAGGUUCAAUGAUGAAACUAGAGUAGAUGAUGAAGGAUAUCCAGUGUACAGGCAAAGAGAUAAUGGAUCUAUAGUUGAGAAGAGUGGGGUUCACCUUGAUAAUCGGUAUGUUGUUCCGUAUAAUGCUGAAUUGCUUCUUAAAUAUCAAGGACACAUAAACGUGGAAUGGUCUUGUGAAGCAAUUUGGAGGAUUUUUGGAUUCAGCAUACAUUAUCAAACCCCUGCUGUUGAAAGAUUAAGUUUUCAUCUACCAGGAGAACAAAUCGUUUUGUUUAAUGACCAUGCUGAUGUGGAAUCAACACAAAGAGAGUGGACACCAAGAGCUAACGGUUUCACAAUAGGACGAAUCUACCACGUCUCACCAGGAUCUGGGGAGAAGUUCUAUCUUAGAACUUUAUUGAAUUUUGUAAAAGGCGCGACAUGCUAUGAUGACAUUAGAACAGUUGAUGGUUUAGUGUAUCCUACAUUCAAGGAAGUUUGCUACGCAAGGGAGUUACUUGAUGAUAACAAGGAAUAUGUCGAUGCAAUAACAGAAGCAAGUUUUAGAGAAUCAGGAAGUUUGAGGGACAUAAUGAGGUUUGUUGAUAGGGAUAACUUGCAUCGACCAUUUGGAGGUAUAGUGAUAGUAUUCGGUGCUGAUCUCAGGCAGAUAUUACCAGUUGUACCAAAAGGAACUAGGCAGGAUAUCGUGUUCGCCACCGUUAAUUCAUCUUACUUAUGGGAUUCGUGUAAGGUCCUAAGACUUACUCCCAAUAUGAGAUUACAAUCAGAGUGGAUACUAAUUAUAAGCGUAGGAGAUGGAAAUGCUAGCGGUCCUAAUGAUGGCAAAGCCGUCAUCGAGAUUGCAAAAGAUAUCCUUAUUCAUCCCGGGGCCGAUCCGAUUUCAGCAAUUGUUGAGAGCACGUAUCCAGACCUACGGGAGCAUAUUUGGGAAGCUAAAUAUUUCCAAAAAAGAGCUAUUUUGGCCCUAACAAAUGAGAUAGUGGAGAUAGUAAAUGAUAAUGUUCUAUCUACUAUUCCAGGAGAAGAGAGAGUCUAUUUGAGUUCGUAUGCUAUAAGCAAAGAGGAAGGAAACUUUGGAGUCCACGAAAUAUAA